CCCCGCGGGCCCCCGCCGCAGGGUGCGACUCCCUCAUGGCCUCGCGCUCCGGGAGGUGGCGGCGGCCCCGCGGAGGGAGCGCCCGGAGGUCGUCGAGCCGCCGCCGCCGCCGCGGGGCCGCCCGGCCCCGCGGCCCCUUUAAGAGCUUCACCUGCUGGCCGCGGCCUCGCCGCGACGCGCGGCCCGGAAACGGAAGCGGAGCGGGAGGGGCGGGCGGCCGGAAGCGGCGGCGUGAGGGGAGGAUGCCGCUGCCCGUCCAGGUCUUUAACCUGCAGGGUGCAGUGGAGCCCAUGCAGAUUGACGUAGAUCCACAAGAAGAUCAGCAAAAUUCACCUGAUAUCAACUAUGUGGUGGAAAACCCCACACUGGAUUUGGAGCAAUAUGCAUCCAGCUACAGCGGGCUGAUGCGGAUCGAGCGGCUGCAGUUCAUCGCUGACCACUGCCCGCAGCUGCGCGUGGAGGCUCUCAAGAUGGCUCUGUCAUUUGUCCAGAGGACUUUUAAUGUUGAUGUGUAUGAAGAAAUCCACAGAAAGCUGUCCGAGGCCACGAGAGAAGUGCAAAAUACACCUGAUGCUGUCCCUGACAGUGGAAUUGAACCCCCUCCUCUUGACACAGCUUGGGUUGAGGCUACACGCAAAAAAGCUCUUCUUAAACUGGAGAAACUCGAUACAGAUCUGAAAAAUUACAAAGGAAACUCCAUCAAGGAGAGUAUCAGGAGAGGCCACGAUGAUUUAGGUGAUCAUUACCUGGACUGUGGAGACCUCAGCAAUGCUCUCAAGUGUUACUCACGAGCCCGUGAUUACUGCACCAGUGCUAAACAUGUCAUCAACAUGUGUCUCAAUGUUAUCAAGGUCAGUGUCUACCUUCAGAAUUGGUCUCACGUUCUGAGCUAUGUAAGCAAGGCUGAGUCUACACCAGAAAUUGCAGAACAAAGAGGAGAAAGAGAUAGCCAGACACAAGCAAUUCUCACCAAACUGAAAUGUGCAGCAGGCUUGGCCGAACUAGCUGCCCGGAAGUACAAACAGGCAGCAAAGUGCUUCUUGUUGGCAUCAUUUGAUCACUGUGAUUUCCCUGAGCUGUUAUCUCCCAGCAAUGUAGCUGUGUAUGGUGGGCUCUGUGCCCUUGCUACAUUUGACCGUCAGGAACUGCAACGAAAUGUUAUCUCCAGUAGCUCCUUCAAAUUGUUUUUGGAGCUGGAGCCACAGGUUCGUGACAUCAUCUUCAAAUUUUAUGAAUCUAAGUAUGCUUCGUGCCUGAAGAUGCUGGAUGAGAUGAAGGACAACCUGCUGCUAGAUAUGUACCUUGCACCUCAUGUCAGGACACUUUAUACCCAGAUUCGAAAUCGUGCCCUUAUCCAGUACUUCAGCCCCUAUGUGUCGGCAGACAUGCGCAAGAUGGCCACUGCCUUUAACACGACAGUGGCUGCUCUGGAAGAUGAACUCACUCAGCUGAUCUUGGAGGGACUGAUCAAUGCCAGAAUAGACUCACACAGUAAGAUUCUGUAUGCUCGAGAUGUAGAUCAGCGUAGCACAACUUUUGAGAAGUCUUUACUGAUGGGCAAAGAGUUUCAGCGCCGUGCCAAAGCAAUGAUCCUGCGUGCCGCAGUCCUGCGCAACCAGAUCCAUGUCAAGUCUCCUCCGAGGGAAGGUAGCCAAGGGGAGCUCACUCCAGCUAACAGCCAAUCCAGAAUGAGCACCAACAUGUGAAAAACUUCGUGCACUACCAAAAGAAAUGGUCCCUCAGGACUGUACCCAGUGUCUCACCCAGUAACUGCUGAGCUUCACAAACUGUCCCUAUCUCCCUCACUUCUUGCUCGGAUUGAGAGAGUCAGGGUUGGUGGUGGAUAAUAAGAAUAUUCCAGUAACUUCAAUUCUCCUUGAAAAGAAAUUAUUUUUAAAAACAGCAUCCCUGCAAAUGGGUCAUCAUUUCAGUUUUGGUAGAAAACCUUCACUCUCCUUCCACCACUCCAUAAAGAGCUGUCAGGGUAUCCAUGCAGAUGCUGAGUUGAGAGUUUUUCAGCUGCUAGUAGUUUUCGUGUUUCAAAGCUGCAAAAAUAGUUAGUUGAAUGGACAGGCACAAUAUAAGAUGAAUUUUGCUGGCCUGAAAGUAUUGCCUCAAUUUUGAGCAAUGCUCAGCUUUCUGUUUUCCAAAUAAACUUACAAGUGCAUUGCUCUCAAUUAUGGAGCUAGAGUUCUGAUGGGGAAAGAGAUUUGCUUUGAGAAACUCUUGGAGAAUUUUCACCUGUACCAGAAAACAUGGCAUUGCUUCCAUGCAUUCAGUCACAGGCCUUUAUUUUAGGGUUUUAUGUUUAUCUGCAGCCAGGUUCUCUCUCUCUCUGGUCUCUGUUUUCAAAGAACUGUUUCCUGAUGUGUUUUCCUCUUGUGUGUGACCUGGCUUUAGGGUCCAGUGUUAUCAUAGCAGUAAAUCUCUACUUCAUGCAAAUAUUGCUGCUUGCCCAGUCUUACUGCCAUAGUGUGUGAUGGUUUCCCCACAUGUGCAACAGUUUUUUGGGUAGAAUGGACAAAUGCCAUAAAACACCGCUCAAGUCUUGUGGAAGCCCUAAAAAGAGUCAGUUUAGUGCCCACUCUCCAGGUGCAGUUAUUCUGCUUUUCUUUUUAUAAAAGGGUUAAAGGUGGCAGCCCAGUGUGUGUGUGUGUGUGUAUGUGUGUUCUUCCUGUGUUCAUGAAAAGAGAAAUGCACUGAAUUUUCUGAAGUCACUGCAGCCUUGUAUUCAUCUAAUCCGUAAAGCAAGCUGAGAAUUUUGAUCCAGCCCUGACUGGUCUGGCAAGUGACUACAGAUGUUACUUUUAAUGUGUUCAUGCUUUUUUAAAAAAAUAAGUUGUUAUAUCUAGUGCAUUAAACAGCAGGAUUAAAAAA